AUGUUGAUUGUCCAGCCAGGUGACGCUGUGUUGGCUGUACGAAAGGACCCCUGCAACAUGUGGCUUUGUUACAAUGGGUAUUACAAUGCUCUGCUUCCGAGCACGAUUCUCACACCUUGGUACGGGCCAAAUGGAUUGAGCGAAAUAGAUUUAGGCAUCGAUGCAUUAUCAUUAACCAAAAAGACAACUACUGCAAUGAGUCGCCCUCACAGCACUCCACCGAAGCAACAGAGCACUAACCUCAUUGAUUUGGAUGAUGACUUACUCCCGUCUGGUGGUGGUCAAACGCUGAUGUGUACCCUUACACCGUUGGCUCCAACACCAGUCGGUGCAGCUGCUUCAAUGUCAUCACUAGAACCGGAGCCACCGUCUAUAGACUGGGGUCUGCCGAGCAGUACGCAACCUACCAUUCGUGCUCCAUCAUUACCAAAUCUUACAUCACAGAAUUCUCCUGCGUUCCCCGUGACAUUUGAGGAGGAGUCAUCCGCGAAUAAUGGCGCACUUCAUCAUCUUCCACCAGCACCGGCAAGACUGAGCGCUGCUGCUGCUCAACCACAGUCGAGCAGCGCACGGGACCCAUUCACUGUGAUGUGGGAACAGAUCAAAAACGUACCUCUCAGCAACAUUACUCAGAGGUACGUGACCGCAAUCAUAGCAUCUUGA